AUGUGGAGAACAUUACAAAAUAUAUGUAUUCAAAUUACUGGUAAUAUAAUAAAUUUAAGCAAUUUUCAUGUCAACUUUGAAAAAUCUGUGCAUAAUGCAGUAUUGCAAAUUUUCCCUUACUGCAAAAUUACGUGUUGUAACUUUCAUUUAGGGCAAAAUUGGCUUAGACAUAUUCAACAACAUAAAUUAUUAUCGAGCGAGUACUUAAACAACGACUCAGAAGUUGGCAAAUGGAUGAAAUGUUUUUUUGGAUUAAGUUAUUUACCUCCUGACGAAGUUUCUGAUGGAUUUUGUGAUCUUAUGUCGAUAGCACCAAGUACUACGUCUAGUAAUAUUUCUAUAUUUUUCGAUUAUAUUUUAGAAAAUUACAUUGCAUCGGACAGCAAUUUUCCUCCAACAUUAUGGGCUUGUAAACCUACUAAUAAUCCUAAGACUACUAAUGGUGCAGAGAGUUAUCACAAACAAUAUAACAGUCAGUUUUACACUACUCAUCCGCACAUACAUCAAGUAAUCGACGUCAUUAUUGAAAUUCAAAUAUUAGAAUGGAAAUUAAUAGCAAUAACGAGCCCAUCAGUUAUGUUUAAACAUUUCUUAAAUGAAAUAUCUUUGUACAUAAAAUUGUAA